CCAGCGCAAAGGAGGAGUAUUCUAGUUCCCGAAAACUUCGAAAACGGUAUCAAAUUAGUGGUGAUUUAGUUGAGUCAAGCGGAUGCAAACCAUGAACAGUAUCGGUGAUAAUUGUACCGAGUUGAAGAAAAAAUACGACACCUGCUUCAAUCAGUGGUUUUCGGAUCGAUUUCUAAAGGGGGAUGCCGACGACUCGGUGUGUGCGCCACUGUUCCGGGUGUACCAGCAGUGUGUGAAGGACGCCAUGAAAGCCCAUCAGAUCGAGUUCAAGGAAAUCGAAACGGACCAUCUCGGGUCGGAAAGAGAGCAAAAGGUUCCUCCGAAGAGCGGCUCCAGUUGACCCUGAACGGUAUCGCUCGGCAGCAUCACCACCAGCACUGGCCAUUGAACUCGACGAAACUGAGCUGAAGGACUUAGAUCAAAUCAAAUUAAAUCAAUUCCACACGAUGACGGGCUGCUCUACGAUCGCGUUGCGAGUGAUAUUUAUAUGCAACUCGUUCGGAGUGGUUCAUCGGAAGCAAUGCUUCGCACUUUCUUUCUUCUGUUUUUUUUUUUCUUCAACAGAGAAGUGGGAAAGUGGUGUGGUAUAGCCACUUUCUCUAGUCGGAAGGAAAGAUGUAAUGUUAGUAAUCGUAAAGUUUAAGGAGACGUAUGCAAAGGAAGCUAGAUAAACCGUAAAGUUCGAAGAACAACCACUGUGUCAUUUUAAGUUGUUCGACGGCUUGAAUUAAUUUUAGGUUUUUUUUAAAUACAAUCUUAAAGGAACGUGUUCUUUCGCUGUUAAGUAC